CACGGAGAAGGGUGCUUUUAGUGAGGGUGUAGACAGACACAAGCAAAUAAAAAGCACAAGAGGAGUUUAAAAAGCUUCCACUGGUACGGAUGGAGGUUUCGAGCAUGAUUCUUGUAUUCGUAUUUAUAACACUAUCUGAGGUGUCCUGUCAAACAAUUCCAUCUAACGAUUUUAUGGACCUUGGCACAAAUAUGUGUAUUGGUAUCGGUAUUGAGGGACUUGACGGUGGUAUUUCCACCCUUGAAGAAUGCAAACAGCGCUGUGUGAAUGAAAUCACUUUUGUAUGCUGGUCUAUCAUGCAUAGUGUGCAAGACGAGGUCUGUUUUACAGCGUCUUUAUAUUCAGGGACAACGAGCAGAUUUUCAAUAUGUAUCGAAGGUUUGCUUUACUUCGAAAGGAUUCCAGAAAACUCAAGAGAGCCAAGCUGUACAACUAAUAACGACUGCACUGACCCCAGUAGGCCAAACUGCAGAAGGAAUGGAGCUGGCAUAAUGAUAUGUGGGGACCCUCAUAUUUCUCAGACCAUCCAGGGUGCACACCACAGACGACUUUGCUAUGACUUCGCUGGACAACCUGGAUCUGUGUACAUCCUUUUUAGAGACCAAGAGAUUGAUAUUAGAACAACCUUCGUAGAAGAUGAGGAUAUUGACCUCGGAUCCGUCGUUGAUUUCAUUGAUCAAAUUGUUGUGAAAGGGGAAAGUGAUCAUGUUGCUAUUUCCCCAGAUGAAGCGACACUUGUGACAUCUAAAGGGGAAAGGAUACUCAACUGGAGAGAAAAGACCGUAAAACUCGAUAGCGGAUUUAUGACCAUCAACAGAAAGCAAAUAAAAUUGUUGUUUAAAAAUGAUACAAUUGAACUUGUAAUCACACGAAGAGGACGAGCAAAAGGUGCGCCAUUUCUCAACGUUGGUGUCACAGAAAAGACAGGUCUAUCCAAAACUGCCGGUGGAAUUAUGGGAUGGAUUGGUAACGAAGCUGUUUUCCAUGAUGAAGGGCCCCAUUCUGGUUACAUAACGUUGGGCAACGUCACGAUUCCCGCGUACGAUAGCAGAGAUGGAUGCUUGAAAAUCGAUGAUGCAUAUUUGAAUAAGUUCACCUCUAUCCUCCAGAUGUUCGAAAUGAAAUAA